UUUUUACUGCGGGGGAAGAGAAACAGCCAGAGUUUAGUGAUUAAUCCUCUUUAAAAGAACAGCAGCAAGAAAGAAAACCAGACAUUCCACAGGCAGUUUUGAAGGGGCCACUGUUUGCUGCGAAGAACUUUUUUGCUAAGGCAAAAUUCCUGAGUGAGGAGGAGGAAAAGGUGGAAGCGCUUCUGAAGUGUCCUGAAGUGUCCUAUGUCCUAAGUGUCCUCUUCCCUGAGGGUACAAGGGGCCAGCAAUGGAGACGGUUGUGAUUGUGGCCAUUGGGGUGCUGGCGACCAUCUUCCUGGCUUCUUUCGUGGCUCUGGUUGUGGUGUGCAGGCAACGUUAUUGCCGGCCCAAGGACUUCUUGAACCAUUAUGAUACCAGGCCCAUCGUUGACUUCAGUGGCACCAUGGAAACCCAGUCUGAACCUUCAGAACUAGAAUUGGAUGACGUGGUUCUAACAAACCCACAUAUUGAAGCCAUCCUGGAGAACGCAGAUUGGAUUGAAGAUGCUUCGGGCCUGGUCUCCCAUUGCAUUGCUAUCCUGAAGAUCUGCCACACCCUCACCGAGAAGCUUGUUGCCAUGACGAUGGGUUCGGGGGCCCAAAUGAAGCCUCCGGCAAGCCUCAGUGACAUCAUUGUGGUUGCCAAGCGGAUCAGCCCCAGGGUCGAUGAUGUGGUCCGAUCCAUGUACCCACCACUGGAUCCCAAACUCCUGGAUGCCAGGACAACUGCGCUGCUCCUUUCCGUCAGCCACCUGGUCUUGAUCACCCGCAAUGCCUGCCACUCUCCCAGCCGCAUGGACUGGAUCGACCAAUCGCUGUCUGCGGCAGAGGAGCACAUGGCUGUGUUGCGCGAGGCAGCCCUCGCUUCUGAACCAGAGCGCUCUGGGCCCAGCGGUGACGCUUUCCUGCAGGAGCAGUCGACGAUCUGAGGGAGGAAUCCAAAACCCAGAGCUCCUCGGAUGAACUGCUCCCCGCCGUUUCCUCCUCUCUACCCCUCACCUAGCGCUGCGGCCGUGAACGCGAAGCUUGUGCCGCCCGCCGGGUAGUGUAGUUUUGCUGUACGGUUAGCACCCCAAGAGAUACAGGACUGAAUCUCCGCUCCCUUGCUGUCUUGUUCUAAUUCUCUCCCAUGUGUGGAAUUGGUGACACUGAGGUGGUUUUGAUGCCAGGGGAUGCUGUUGGUGGUGGUUGUUUUUUCCCCACAGCGAGAAGAAAAAACGUCAUCUAAGUACAAAUAAGGCCACAUAAAGGGGUGCUGUGUCAAAAACUGCAAACCAUACGGAUUGCAAAGAGCUACUUUAGGUAUGUCUGGGGUUUGAAGGCAUGACUAGUAGGAUUUCUGGCUUUGCGUUAUUAUCCGAGACCUUUAUUAUCACAAGCUGCCUUUGAAAGCUCCCUCCGUUUCUGGGAAUGUAGAAAUGUAGUUGGAUUCUAAGGCCUGUGUUCCUAAAGUUUAAUUUAUAUACUCUGAGCCUCCUACAAUCCAAACUGAGGACUGCAGAGAGCUGGAAUGUACCACUCUUCUUCUUCCAGUACAUUUCUGGUGCACAGAACCGAAGUUUAAGUUUAAAUUGUGGUGUUGGUUUUUUAACAUUUAAAAUGUAAGCAGAUUCCUCCCUAAUACAGCUUAUGGCACUUCCACAGGGGUUGUUUUUAUUGAGCAUUCUUCAUAGAAUUAUAGAGUUGAAAUUAUAGAGUCAUCUAGUCCAGCCCCCUGCAAUGCAGAAAUCUUGAUUCGUUCACUUACAAUUUGCGCAGAGGUUAUAUGACAUCACUUGAAGUCCUGUGCGAUUGUCUUCCACUUUCCGUACUGAAAAAAAGUCUGAUAAGAAGAGAAGGAAUAGGAAAUUGCACUGGAAAAUGUGGCAAAAUAACCACUAGCUUGAAAUAACCACUGGAUCUUUGUGUACAAAUCAGAAUGAAUUUGCAAUAAACAGCCAGUCGGAUGUCCCCUUAGUCUAAAUUGGCUUUAUGCAAGAGGUUUUUCCUCCUGUGCAAAGGAACAUGUUUAUACUUUACUUAUGCAUAAGUUUCUUGAUAACAUAUUUAGGGUGAAUGCUGCUGUCCCUAGGCAUAACCAUUUGGCCACCAUGCCUUGCAACUACUUCAAAAAUAAAAGGGCCCUUUUCAAAAUAUAUAUUUGGGGAGGGGGGAAAUAAAAUAUCUAGGGCAGCUCUUCAGAUCAUCUUUCUCCCAUCAAAUCCGUGUAUGUCCCACUCUGAAAAUGAAUUUAAAAAAUGAAUUUGCUCAUGCUUGAGUCUAAAGGAGAGGCGAAGAGACUGAGACCCAUUCCAUGUCGUGCUAUCAGAUGCAGAUAUCGCUCCAUCAGGACCAGCCCAAUACAUUUAGCUGUCUUUCCUUCUCCUUUGCAGCAAAAAUACAACUGUAAUAAAUAAAAUAAUUAACAAUCUGCUUCCCUUUUGUGACAGAGGGGGUGGAAAUGUCUUCACCCAGGGGUAGGGCCAUACCAAUACUAAAAUCUAGAUGCAUGUGGACUGCUUAUGGCUCAGUGAACUCUACACAUGUUCAGAGAUAUUUGUUACCAACACUGCUAAUUUUCAAGAACAUCCACUAUCCCUUCUUUUUAAGGAAGAUAUGAAUCUCAGUCAACCGAUCCUUCAGCUGAAUGCUUGUCUCACACAACUUUUCUCAAAACCACACUCCUUCCUAGCUUGGGCUGUGCAAAUGUUUUCAUCUGUUGACUUGGCGCUCCUAUUUUUUCUCUUCAUUCAAACUGUUGUCUUGAAAUAAAAUAUGGGAGUUCCCAUCACCUAAACUUAAGAGUGCUUCCAGACAUGGGAGUCAUAUUGCAGAUAGGUGUUUGACAUCCUUUUCUUUUUCUUUUAAAUGACGGGGUAUUUUGUGGAUUAAAGGUGGGAGAUACAGGUGGGAGAUACAGGCUGGCGUUUAGGUGCUUACGAUGGGGGGCGGAGAUGCUGUGAAAAGCUUGCAUGCAAGAAUGACACCAACAAUAAAUACCUAUUUGGAACUACUUCUUAGUCAGGAAAAUGGUUAUCCAAACAUCAGCACCAUUUAUAGACGUUGACAAUGCCAUGUGAUUUGUUAAGACCUACUUUAUUACAAUAAAGUUUCCAAUGGUUCUCUACAGAA